CUCGUACUGCGUGUUGUGUGUCGGAUAGAAAGUCAGCCUGGUUUCCAGCUGAGUGCUUGCUCUCCCACAGUGUGUGUGCGUGUGUGUGUGUUGUCAUUAUUAUCCACUCUGCUCCCAGCUCAGAAUGGCCAGAUUCACUCAGACUGAAACCAGAAGGCAGCAGCAUCCACAGCAGCAUCAGCCAGCUCACUCCAGCCUGGUUUUUGCCGGACCGGGGGCACCACCGACCCAACAACCACUCUUCCUAAUCCCACAUCAGCACCAGUACCCUCCGAUCACAUUUCCGAAACCCAUGAACGGGUCAGAAUCCAUUUCAAUUCAUCCGGAAAACGGCAACAUGAAAGACCAAGAUGCCAUUAAGCUGUUUAUCGGGCAGAUCCCGCGGAACUUGGAGGAGAAAGACCUGAAACCUCUGUUUGAACAGUUUGGGAAAAUCCACGAACUGACAGUACUGAAGGACCGCUACACCGGCAUGCACAAAGGUUGUGCGUUCCUCACCUACUGCGCCCGAGAGUCGGCCAUCAAAGCUCAGAACGCCCUCCACGAACAGAAAACACUGCCAGGGAUGACUCGCCCAAUCCAGGUGAAGCCGGCCGACAGCGAGAGCCGCGGAGGGGGGUACCUCGCACCGAGCAUGGCCUUCCCCACGCAGAUCCACCAGAUGGGGGCGCUCAACAUCAACGGCCUCCCGCCCAACUCCAUGACCCCGGUGUCGAGUGAGUUCCAUCAAACCCUGGGCCUGAGCUCCCCGCCCGCCAACAUCACCACCUCCGUGCCCAGCCUCGUCACGCCCAUGGUCAACGGCUUCACGGGCAUCCCCCACCAGCCCAACGGACACCCAGCCGUGGAGGCGGUGUACACCAACGGCCUGCCGUCCUACUCCACCCAGAGCCCCAGCGCGGCCGACACCCUGCAGCAAGCCUUCACCGGGGUGCAGCAGUACACCGCCAUCUACCCCGCCACCACCCUGACUCAGAUCGGUCAGACCAUGCCCCAGCAGCAGCAGGUCAUCCAGCAGCAGCAGCAGAGAGAAGGUGAGGGACCGGAGGGCUGUAACCUCUUCAUCUACCACCUGCCACAGGAGUUUGGAGAUAAUGAACUCAUGCAGAUGUUUUUACCCUUCGGCUCCGUUAUCUCCUCCAAGGUCUUCAUGGACCGGGCGACCAACCAGAGCAAGUGCUUCGGUUUUGUCAGCUUUGACAACCCCUCCAGUGCCCAGGCUGCCAUUCAAGCCAUGAAUGGAUUUCAGAUCGGGAUGAAGCGGUUGAAAGUGCAGCUAAAGAGACCGAAGGAUGCCAGCCGCCCUUAUUGACCCCGCAUUCCUUCAGGU